AAAUUAUAAAGGUAUUGUAUCCGAUGCAACUUUAAGAAAUGCUAAAAAUAAAAAAUUGCAAAUCAAGCAGCAAAUGCAUGGUCCUUUACUCGAAAAAUCAGUUGGUAAAAAGAAAGAAACGAAAGGUAAAGAAAAGGAGCAUCUAAUAGGAGAAUCACGAAUGAAACCAGAACAAAUUCUAUCAAAGGAUGAAAAAGAUGACUUUAUGAAUGAUAUCUACAAAGAAAAACCAAUUUCCUGGGCUGACGAUGUUGAAGAAAAGUUCAAGAGUAUAAAUGAACUUAGGGAUGACGAAAUAAAAUAUCAGGAUGAAUACAGUAACGAUGAGAAAGACUUAAAUGAUAGUGAAACUAGUGAUAUUGAACAUGUUAAAGAUGAGUCCGGUCAAGACAAUGUAACUGUAGAAAAAAUUUCCCCUUAUCUUUUAAAAGAACAUGCUAAACUCAUUUAUGAGGAACUUGAGAAAGAAUUUGACACAAGGAGUAAAUUGUAUGAAAUGGAUAAAGUACCGCAUGUUUCUGCGAAACCUACUGGCAAAAUGAAGAAAACUGGGCAAAAGAGGCGCCGCUAUGAGCAUAAACUGAAGAGACAUGAACGUUCAUUGUGCGAUGGUGGUUUAAUGAACAGGAAAAGAAACGUAAAUAAAACGCUCAAAGUUAUGAAUCGUUGGAAAAUAGUUCUUAAGGGUAUUGAAAAUGGCACUUGGUCACAUUAAUUUGUUCACAUAUUACUACUCUUCUCAGG